GUUUUUAACCAAAGCUAUUAUGUCCCCAAUCACAUCCAAAGUUUCUCGAGUGGUGAGCUUACUACCCUCUGCUACUGAGAUGCUAUGCAUUAUUGGUGGGGAGCACUUGCUAGUAGGAAGAAACCACGAGGAUGACUUCCCUAGUACCAUUACGAACAGACCUAUUUUGACUGGUCAAAAAACUACUUUCACUACAUCAGCUGACGUCGACAAACAAGUUUCACAGGCAUUGGCUGCAGGACAGAGUCUCUACACGCUAGAUACAAACCUUCUGGAGGAAUUAAAGCCGCAGGUCGUUUUGACACAGGAUCUGUGCAAUGUAUGUGCGAUCGAUUUGCAAACAGUGGAGCGCGUUGCUCAAAAGAUGAACCCAUCACCACUCGUUGUAACCUUGAAUCCCGUCAACCUGCAAGAUGUGCUGGCGAAUAUUAUCGAGGUUGGGCGGGCUGUUGGAAUGGAGGGAGAGGCGCUGGACGCCAAAAAGUCCUUGGAAAGCAGAGUAGCGAAUGCUACUUCCUUGGCUCGCUCGUUCCUUGAUGCGGCUCACGGCAUACGCAAGCGAGUUGCGUUUAUUGAAUGGACAGAUCCAAUUUAUCCAGGCGGGCACUGGACACCGCAGCUCAUCGAGAUGGCUGGUGGAACUCAUCCCGUUGCUCCUGCCACGGAGGACGCAGGUGCGGGACCUUCCCGACGCACGCCAGAACAAAUGGUGAUAGAUAGCAAACCAGAAAUUCUCAUCAUCUGCCCAUGUGGACUUAACCUGGAGGACAGUAAAAGGGAAACCCGGUUAGCCCAAGAAAAGAAUUGGUGGAAAGAGGUCAUGAAGACCUGCAAGAAAGUGGCGGUUGUCGAUGGAAAUCAGAUGUUUAACCGCCCUGGCCCCCGGCUUGUCGAUGCCUUAGAAUGGUUGGUCGGAUUCAUAUGGGACCGGCCGGAUCUGAUUCCGGAAGGGUUUCCAUGGGAGCAGUGGAAGCAAUGAGGACUUUUGUGGCAAAGACGAAAGAUCAGAUCGAUGCGCAUAGUCAGUAAUGGCACAGAUCUCUUCGCAGAGCCAGAGAUCAGAGGUUGUAGACUCUAGUCCUAACGCACGAUUAUAUAGACAAUGACAUUGGGACCAAAUGUGAUAUUUCAGUGCUAUACGUCCUCCAAAGACUGCUAGCUAGGUGCAAAAUUCAUAAUAAUAGGCUCAUAGGUUUACGGCAGCCGCGUCUGACGAAUGGUGUUAAUGAUUACGUGCUUAUCUGGAUCCUCC